AUGUUUGCCCCAGGCCAGGAACAGCUCUCCCGCGAGGAAAUCAAGGCUGGUGAGGCUCAGGCCAACCAGACCAUCCAGAUGGCUAUCACCAGUGGAAUCCUCCUUUACCUUUCGCCCUUUGCUAUUGACUUCGUCAAGAGGUUCCUGUAA